CCCCCAACCCCCCAUCCAGCGACCAUGUCUGUCCAUGAAGCAUCUCUACCGCCAACUGCGCCGUUACCCCCCAAACCUGAGGCCAAAACGAGACCUGAGAUCCCUCCAAAACCUUCAACACAAAGCAGCUCCCCUCCUCUCGGGGAUGAAAAUGGAGAAGAGAGCCUCGCUGCUGGGAAGGUGAAGAGGAUUGUGAACAAGUUCAGCAAAAAGGAGGUCGCAUUAAAUGAAGCGAAUGAACUCCCUGCCAACGGUAGCACCAAAUUCAAGCCAAGCAAGCCGUUCAAAAGAGCCCCGACUAUAAAGCCCAAGCCGAGCCGCGCCAGUCUACCACUUCAGUUGAGCAGAGAGCAGGCGCCUCCGUUGCCAGCGAAGAGGAGCCGCAACCCGCAGAAGAAGAAAGAGAGCGUGGGGGGAGAAGAGGGGGAUAGCAUCAGCGUGGAAGGACGUCGAUCAGCGCCUGAUGGAAAAGAGGUGGAGGUUCAGCUGAACGGAGGAGGGGAAGCAGAGGUGGAGCACAGACCAGGCACACCACUCAGUCCCUGCUGCGAGCCGAGCUGCAGUUGCGUGUGCCACUUCCAGCGGCCGGGCAUGAAACUGAUAUGGGUGCCUGUCGACGUGGAAGAUAGUGAAGAGGAGGAGGAGGAAGUGGAGGAGGAGGAGGAAGUGGAGGAGGAGAUGCAGGAGGAGGAGGAGGAUGAGGUGGAGAGGGGAGGGGAAGGGGACAGCGAGGCUGAAGAGGAGGUGGACAGGACUUUGGCGGUUGAUGAGGGUGUGUUGUCAAAACUAGAUAAAGCAAAGUUCCACCACUCUCUGGGGGUUUUAAUCAGCGAGGGUAACAGGAGGCGGUCGGACCCUGGUCCUCACGCCAUCCUCACCUCCCUCGCUGUCACUCGCUCUCAGUCUCCGCCCGUUCCCCCCAAACAGACUCAGUUCCACCACAAACCCAUCGAUGAAGAAGAAAACAUUUACGAGGCCACACUUCCAGUGAUUGACCAUACUCCCAAAAAGAGCUCGUCUGUGUGUAAGGAGCUCGAUAUUCCUCUGAUCAAGGUGCGCAAACCGGCCCGCCGGUCUAAGCUGUCCAGCAGCUCUUCAGACCCAACGUCAGAGUUUGAGGUGGACGCAGGUUCAGUAUCGAGCCCAGACAACAUGCCACCUGCCAUCCCGCCCCGCAUGCCGGUGUCUCAGGAUAACCGCGUCCUCACGGCGGUGCACCGGGGCGGCAUUCCUCUCCCGCAGCCCUCGCGGGAGGAGUGGCGCAUGUUGAGGCCUUCCUCUCCCAGCAGCUCCUCCACCGGUGGCCUGAGCCCCCAACGAGCCGUCACUCCACCCCCAACCAGCUCCCUCCAGCCUCAAAGAGCGCCACCUCCACCGCCAAAAACAGAUCCCAGGAGGCUCAGCAGUGCCUCACUGCAGUCCCUCACACAGAAAAAAGAAGGAGAGGAGAAUGGAGGGAAUGAAGGCGAGAACGAGGACACAGAAGAAGAAAUACCUCCAGUCAGGAGCGGCUCCUUCAGGGGGGAGACUCCAUUCAGCUGGAAGUCGCGGCUGCAGGAUGAGCCUCUGUACCAGACAUACCGAGCCACUGUCAUCACCAAGGAGAUCCGACGUCAGACGGUUUGUCGUAAUAUCAGUAAGACUAGCGCAGACUAUGCCAUGGACUGGACCGCCCGCAAGCCCGGGACUGGGACUGCAACCGGAACUGGAACUGCGACUGGUAACGGAGCACCCAGAAGCAGCCCGGUGCCCACACCAGGCCAGAGCACCUUGUGGCAGGACCUCCCAGCCGUACGGGAGAGUGGCGUGCUGGAGGAGCUCACUCCUGAAGAGUGCAAGUACCAGGAGAGUAUGUUCGAGGUUCUGACAUCGGAGGCCUCUUACCUUCGAUCCCUGCGCGUUCUGACCGAGCAUUUCCUGGAGAACCGGGACCUGGAUGAGACGCUGGUCAUUAUGGACAAGAAGACCCUCUUCUCCAACAUCCUGAGGGUCCGCGAGGUCAGCGAGAGGUUCUUAAAGGAUCUGGAGGACCGCAUAUUUGUGAAACAUCUCUUCUCAGACAUCUGCGACAUUAUCCAUUACCACGCCCAGCACAACUUCCCUGCCUACAUCGACUACGUCCGCAACCAGAUCUAUCAGGAGAAAAUCUACACCACGCUCAUGAAGAACAACGUGCAGUUUGCGACGGUCAUCACUCGUCUCCAAGAGUCUCCUCAGUGCCAACGGCUGCCCUUCAUGUCCUUCUUGCUGCUGCCCUUCCAGCGAAUUACACGCAUUAAAAUGCUCAUCGAGAACAUCCUGAAGAGAACAAAAGAAGGGACGAAAGAGGAGCAGACAGCCUCCAAGUGUUUGGCUUCAGUCUCAAAGAUCAUCGAUGAGUGUAACACACAGGUGGGAAAGAUGAGACAGAUGGAGGAGUUGAUCCAUAUCUCUCAAACACUGGAGUUUGACAAGCUCAAGGCCAUCCCGAUCAUCUCCCAGACUCGAUACUUGGAGAAGAAGGGCGAGCUCCAGGAAAUGUCCAAAGGAGGAACUCUCUUUAACAUGAGGGCCAAGUUCACUCCAAUCUAUCUCUUCCUGUUCAAUGAUCUGCUAAUCAUCACUGCCAAGAAGGGAGCCGAGCGUUUCGUGGUACUUGACCAUGCCCACCGCUCUCUGGUGCAGGUGCAGCCGCUUGAAGAUGGUGGGAGCAGCACCGGCACCUACGAGCACUGCCUUAACCUCACGCUGUUGGAAAACCAUCAGGGACGCAUGAUGGAGCGGCUGAUCAAAGCUCCGUCCCAGUCAGACAUGCACAGGUGGAUGGCGGCUUUCCCCAACCCCACCAACCCUGACAGAGAUGAAGAAGAAGUGAUUUAUGAGGACUGGGACUGUCCCCAGAUGCAUUGUGUGGAGCAGUACAUCGCCCAGCAGGCAGACGAGCUCACCCUGGAGCCCACUGAGAUCAUCAACGUCGUCCGCAAAACCAACGAGGGCUGGAUUGAAGGGAUCCGCCUGUCUGACGGUCAGAAGGGCUGGUUCCCUGCUCAGAACGUCAUAGAGAUCACCAACGAGCACGUGAGGAGACGAAACCUGCGCGAGCGCUACAGAGUCAUACAGGCUGCGAGUGCUGUUGCCACCAACAAGACCCGCAACACUCAGUAGCAUCAACGGACCAAGGAUGUUUACAUUUUAAAGACGCUACAUGCAGCAGAAAAAAUGAACUACUAAAUUUCGUCAUUCAGGGGUUUUAUUGGUUAAGUGUCAGUUUCUAACCACCAGGAAAUGAAAGGUAAAAGGAGAAGAGUUACCUGGAAGUGGACUGACUAAUCAUCACGUUAUUUAUGCUGCUGGAUUACGUGUGUGCGUGCUGGGAACCUGAAGUGGAUCAUUCACUACUUGUGCUGAAAAUUUUUUUAAAAACAUGUAUGUACAUAUUUGCAUUGAAACACACAGACAGCAGGAUCGUGAAGCAUUACCACUGGAGAGUUUACCUCUUUUAAUGACACUUGCGUGUCUCUCUACUGUUGUGGAACUGCAAAAUUGACAUGCCAAUCAUUGUAGUCAUCAUCUGACUAGAUUUUACAAAUGCCAGACCUGCUGCACAGAAAAGAGACGGGCGUUCCUCUACACGCCUGGCGUCACCGUCAUCGCAUGCAAGUGCACGUUAACCCCUCGUCAACAGAGUACUGGAUACAACAUAAACAAGAACACCCUGAAAACAAAACACAUCUGACUGAAAGAUGCAACAGUGUUAACAUGUUAAAAAACGUAAUAUUUCUCACUGGAAAUCUAAACAGGAAGUGCCUUUGAUUGAACUCAAAACACAGAACACACCAUGACUCUUAUCAUGACCCCACAUGAAGCACAAGAGCUUUAAAGUUGCAUGUUAGCAUGUAAAUGUGGGUUAAACUUCACUGUCGGUCAGAGGUCAAGCUCUCUGCUCAGUGGUUGUGUUGUUGGUGAGAUUGUGUGAAAUUAUGCUUUGGCUCCCCCUGCUGGUUGUUGUCAAUGCAGACAGAAAUUUAUCUGUGGAUACACUCAAAAUGUACAAUAUGUUGUAAAUAUUAAGUCCUUCAAAACAGUAGUGGUGCUUUUAAUAAAUAAAAAAAGUGUGUCUUUGUA